GGCAGCAGCACCAUGUCGGGCCCGAGCGCCGUGUCGGACCCGCAGCACCCGGCGCGGCUGCUGCGGGCGCUCAGCUCGUUCCGGGAGGAGACGCGGUUCUGCGACGCGCACCUGGUGCUGGAGGGCGAGGAGAUCCCGGUGCAGAAGAACAUCCUGGCGGCCGCCAGCCCCUACAUCAGAACAAAAUUGAAUUACAAUCCUCCAAAGGAUGAUGGCUCAACGUAUAAGAUUGAACUUGAAGGGAUAUCUGUUGAUAUCAUGAAAGAGAUACUAGACUACAUCUUCAGUGGGCAGAUCAGGCUAAAUGAAGAAACUAUCCAAGAUGUGGUACAGGCAGCUGAUCUCCUGCUGCUUACAGACUUAAAAACUCUCUGCUGUGAGUUUUUAGAAGGUUGCAUAGCUGCUGAGAACUGUAUUGGUAUUCGGGACUUUGCACUGCACUAUUGUUUGCAUCAUGUUCACUACCUUGCCUCAGAGUAUCUGGAAACUCACUUUCGAGAUGUCAGCAGCACAGAGGAAUUCUUGGAACUGACUCCUCAAAAACUGAAAGAAGUGCUGUCGAUGGAAAAACUCAAUGUUGGAAACGAAAGAUACGUCUUUGAAGCCGUGAUUAGGUGGAUUUCUCAUGAUUCAGAAUCCAGAAAGGUCCACAUGAAGGAUGUCAUGUCAGCAGUGUGGGUGUCGGGUCUGGACGCAGCCUACCUGCGCGAGCAGAUGAUGAGCGAGCCGCUGGUCCGCGAGAUCGUCAAGGAGUGCAACAACAUCCCCCUGACACCCCCGCAGCAGGGAGAGGCCAUGCUGGCCUCCUUCAAGCCCCGGGGCUACUCCGAGUGCAUCGUGACUGUUGGGGGGGAGGAGAGAGUAUCACGGAAACCAACCUCAGUGAUGCGGUGUAUGUGUCCUCUUUAUGAUCCCAAUAGACAGCUCUGGAUUGAACUUGCUCCUAUGAGUAUUCCAAGGAUCAAUCAUGGAGUAUUGUCAGCAGAAGGAUUUUUAUUUGUGCUUGGUGGUCAGGAUGAAAACAAGGGAACGCUAAGCUCUGGAGAGAAAUAUGAUCCAGACACCAAUUCAUGGAGUUCCUUACCACCAAUGCAUGAGGCACGACAUAAUUUUGGUGUGGUAGAGAUUGAUGGGAUUCUGUAUAUUCUGGGAGGUGAGGAUGGUGAAAGAGAGCUGAUCUCUAUGGAGAGCUAUGAUAUUUAUAGCCGGACCUGGACCAAGCAGCCAGACUUGACCAUGGUUAGAAAGAUUGGCUGCUAUGCAGCUAUGAAGAAGAAAAUCUAUGCAAUGGGUGGAGGCUCCUAUGGAAAACUCUUUGAAUCUGUGGAGUGUUACGACCCCAGGACUCAGCAGUGGACAGCAAUCUGUCCUCUCAAAGAGAGGAGAUUUGGGGCAGUGGCCUGUGGAGUUGCCUCUGAGCUUUAUGUAUUUGGUGGGGUCAGGAGUCGUGACGACAGCCAAGCCAGCGAGAUGGUGACGUGCAAAUCAGAAUUUUACCAUGAUGAGUUUAAAAGGUGGAUUUAUCUAAAUGACCAGAACCUAUGUAUCCCAACUAGCUCUUCUUUUGUGUAUGGAGCUGUGCCCAUCGGAGCCAGCAUAUACGUGAUUGGAGAUCUCGAUACAGGUACAAACUAUGACUAUGUUAGGGAAUUCAAGAGAAGCACGGGCACGUGGCAGCGCACGAAGCCGCUGUUCCCGUCGGACCUGCGGCGGACGGGCUGCGCCGCGCUGCGCAUCGCCAACUGCAAACUCUUCCGACUGCAGCUGCAGCAGGGAUUGUUCCGCAUCCGCGUUCCUUCCCCGUGAGCCCCGCGCCGCCAGCGGAGGAGACUGGAAGAGUUCUGCGCAGUGCACCAUAAUCUAGCUCUAUUUAAAGGAAAAGCUGAGAAAUUACAGCUGAAAACUUACACUGUAUGCUGUGCUUUGGUAUGGUAACUGUUUUUGUUUUAAAUGCUUACAAAGCUUGAGUCUCAGUACUUGUUUCGGGAACAAAUAACUUAAGUACACAUUAAAAAGAAGAGAAGGGGGAAAAUAAAAGGGGAGAUCGAGGAAACACCUUCAGUCGUAGCCAUUUGGAAUUUAAACCGUGUUGUUGAAGGAGGAUUUUUGGUGUCUGAAACUGGUGGGAAUCAGUUUCCUUUGGCAAAGCUUAUUGAAAAGCAAAAAAAAAAAAAAAAAAAAAAAAAUUUCAGGUGCGUUUCCCCUGCGGGGAACUGAUACGAAUCCUUGUGCUAUCUGGAACUGGAUAGCUGUAAUACACAGAAGCUACAUGAUAACCAACCUCCCUGGUGUGCUGCUGUUGGAGCAUGAGGCCACAGGAGCUGUUGGUCACUGCACCUUUUAUUUCUAGUCCUUUCUCAAAAGGUAAGGUCUGUGCCUAAAAAAUGGUGGAGGUGUGUACAUAGGGUUUUUCAUUCAUUUGCAACGGUUUCAUUCCAACAAAUAUUUUUAAUAUAUCUAUAAAAUGGACUAAUCUGAAAUGGAUACACCCCAGAAAAUGGAUACAGUACACCACAAAGAAGUAAACUGUUUUUUUUCUACGCUGUCAUUCAAGUAGCCCGAUGAACUGGUCUGGAAGUGGGUGAUGUGCACUUCUGAGUGGGCUUUGGUGGCUGUUUUCCUUGAAGUGAAAAGGGAAGACAUGUUUGGAACAGUUAGUGAUAAUUGCUGCUUUUGGUAAGAGCAAAGGGACAAAUUAGAUUGUGUUCCUUUUUACUUCAGAUUGCUUGCAAGCUAAGAAUGGUUUUUAAGACUGAGGACUGUAGAAAGGUGCAUUUUAUGUCUAUUAGAACAAAGGUGAAAUAUGACAAGGGUAUUUAUUUUGCAGAAAACAUGGGUUUUGGACUAAGAGUUAAGGAAAAUUUGUACAGUGACUUUAAAUUGGGAUCAAAUUUGGUUUACUAAUGAUUUCUGUGCUACAGUACAGUCUUGUUUACUGCUGUCUGACUUUGAAAGCUGGGGUUUAUGGUGUGGUUAUAGUGGAGAACUUAGUAUCUUGCAUUUUAUUUCUUACUAAGCCUUGUUCACAUCAGUAGUGAUAUUUAAUUGACUUUUGUUUGUAGUCAAGAUCAGCUGGUAGAACAGUUUUACCUCAAUUUUUGAUUUCAUUGUUGUUGUGAUGGGCAGGACAUAACCUGUAUUUAUUUAAGAGGAAUAAAAUGAGAGAGAUGGUAAAUAGAAAUAAUACCUCCUGCCCUUCAGAAAAAGAGACUUUGUACAACCAGUAUUAUAACUACAUACAAGACUUUCCACUCUGCAACUUUGUGGACCUCAGACAAGCCAAACUCUGCCCUCAGUUUUGUUAGUGUAAACCUUUUCAUCUUUAUUGAAAUCAUCUUACAUAUGUUGAAAUGAUCCCAUACUAGUUCAAAAUAUUGGUAUUUCACUAAAUAGUCCUUGAAGAGCCAUUCUAAAACUUACUUCUGCUCAAUCCUUCCAUAGCACCGAUGUGGGGUUGGAAUUUCUCUGAUUCCUGAGCAGAGGACUGUGGGAGGGUGGGGAAAAGGGCAGCAGCCAAUCUAUUGACCAUUUUUUAAUUUUAUUUUUUUUUACAAUGCUGAAGUCUGCAAAACUUGAACUAUAUACAUCGAUUUUCUGACCUAUAUUAGUUGGCAUAUUAAAAAGUUUAUAUAUUUAUGCAUUGCAGUAAACUUGGAGUGUAUAUAUAUGUCUUUAGAUUUUAAAUUUAUAUAUAAUGCUUUACUACAGAAAUGUGAAACACUAUUUCCAUCCUUGGCUGUCUUGUGAAAUAAAUCAAGUGCUGUUAGUUUAUCUGUAAAACUUCCCUUUUUUGAAAAAUCUUACAUGGAUCAAUUUUUUUUUUCCUCAGACAAAGUGCCAAGAUCCCAUAUUCAAAAGUGAUGAAUGUUCUUAAGUAUCUGUUUCACUUUUGAGCUCAGUUUUCUAAGUGGCUUGGAAAACUUCGGAAAAUGUUAUUCAGAAUAUUGCCAGCUGCUAUCUCCCAAGUCCCUGUAGCUCCCCAGUACACUUGAGGGCAUUCAGCAUCCAGAAAAUGUAAGUGAUAAAUGCACAUGAUAAAUCCAAGUAAAUACUCUAGCAGUGUUUUGCAGUUCAAGUUACUGAACCAAAUGUUUACACUUAGAGUAGGAUUAACACUAGAUGUUCUUAGUUUGUUUUUUUGAAAAGGAAACAGAAAUAAACAAAUCUGCUGGUGAUUGGAGCGUGUUGCGAAUGCAUUCAGUGAGAUUUGACCAAGAAGUUUAAGCCUCUGUACCUGAACCAGUCACAAUCUGAAUUUCUGAGCACAUUGUAUUCAUGUCACGUUCCAUGUGGCUGGGGACCAAAUCUCCAGGGAUGCUCUCCAUGGGUUUUGGGUGCAUGCUCAAGAUUUAGACACUCCUGAGAUCUCAGAACUGGCUUCCUUGGCCUUGCCUGAGGGGAUGGGACCACUCCCCAUCUGCAUUGUGUGUGGGACUGAUCCAGGAGGUGUUCCUAUGUGUGCAGGAGGGAAGGGAUGUGUCUUCUGGGGUCUGACUCCUGUCUGUCUGUCUGUCCAGCUCUGAUCUGUGAGUGCAUCCCUUGGAUUGUGCAAUAACCAGGCUUGAUUUCCCUCUGAAUUUAAAGCAGUGCUUUGAAGUCGAGGCUCCCCUUUCUCCAGGGACUGUACUGGUGAUGGUGUAGGAGUGAAGAGGCAGAGCUGGCCUCUGACUUUCUCUUUUCAGAGGGAUGGUUGACUUCAGAAGGGGAGGGAGGCUGUGAUGAUACCAGAGAUGCUGAGAGGAGGGAGGUCACCAGCUUGCUGAGUGUGUUGAAUGUGCAAACAGCUGUAGAUUGAACUGGUAAAUGCCACCAGGGUAUGUUCACAUGGUAAAUGUCCCUGCUCUGCUGGUAGUGUACCCCUGCACAUGAUGGCUGAACCACAUGGGAAAACAACUCAGGAGUUUUUCUGAGUUGCAGUCCAGGGGUUUUAGGUGGUUUGGCAGUUUAGAAACUUGUUUAAGUUGUCCUUGCUUGGCACAGUGGCCUUAAUUCCUCCCAGCUCAUGAGUUGGCACUGACAUUCAGCCAGAUCGUCCACAGGUGACUGUUUGAAUGUGUGUCCUGGCCAGCUGUCCGUGCAGGAUGAGGACUGGCUGGGCCACCUUGAGCUUGAGGCACUUGGGCUGGGCCUCUGCAUCCUUUUUCUUUUCCUGCUGAGGAACUGGACCAACCCCAGCUACUGAAAUCAGAAAAUCACCAAAUAUGGGGUAGGAAUUGUGGAAGAUGGGACAAGUGAUAGCUUUUUUCACCCCUCACUCCUUCUCUUCCCACAAUUCCCCCAAGAAAAGUUUCUCCUUUUUUUUUUCAUGUACCACAGAUAAUUUUGGAAAAAUUUUGGAAUUGUUCAUUUUAGGGGAAAAGCAGGGGGAAAAUAUAUGCUACUGUAAGCACACAGCAGUGUCCUCUAUGCUUGUUUUACACUUGUAGUCUUGUGGCUGCUCUGCACAGCAGAGAGGGAUUACAGAAGCAAAGGUGUAAAGUGCUGUUGCUCUCAUAAAAUAAAUCCCUUGAGAUUCUGAGGGAGGCACAAGCCUGGCCUGGCUCUGUUCCUUACCUGGCCUUGACAGAUGCUCAUAUUCCUAAAGAGUCAGGGUUGGAUUUCAGAUCCUCUCCCUUCCUGGUUUUAUAACCUGAAGAAGAGGCAUCCUGAAGAGUCUUCUGUUUAGUUGUACCAUAGCAAGGCCUGGUUGUCCUUAAAUUUUGUCAGCUCGUCCUUAAACUUCAGUUAUUGUGAAAGUGCUGUGUCAACCCAGCUGCUUCUGGUCAAGUGAAUUUCUGUAGAUUUGAGAGUACUUCAUCUUCAAAAUGAAGGCAAAUUAAUAUGAAAUUACACAAAAGGACAGAGGUGAAUCUGAAACCCAAAGCAGCUCAAAAUCAGCUUGCUGAUAGCUGUGGGCAGGCUGUGUCCCUGGUGUUUGCACAGCACGUGCCUGGCACACAGCCUGCCUUCAGGAGCUGAGAUCUUGAUGAAAAUAAAAGUUUUUAUCAAAGCUGCUGAACCGCCUGGCUUAUGAACUCCUCCAGAACACACCAGGCAGCUUGGUGGCUUUGCAGUAUUUCUGGUGCCUGCAUGACUCAGUAAAUGCACAAGUACAGGAGUGAGGGGUCUGGGGAGGUUUUUUCCUGUUUUAACUGGAGUUUCUCUGUUCCAUAAAUGCUGUGGCCGUGCAGCCUGCAUGGGCUCUGCUACCAUGCAUGUGCCAUGCAGAGUGGAAGAUGCAAUAACAAAUGCAAGUUGUUACAAGUGCCAAACUUUUGGGUUCUUCUGUGUAUAACAAUAAUUCAACUGUUCUAAAAUACAGAGAAGCUGAAAAUUCACUGUGUUCCAAAAAAGAGCAGUGGUUCUUUUUUUUUUUUUUUAAUUAAUGCUAUUGAAAGCAAUGUAAAUCUACUUUUUUUUAAAUACUAUUCUGCAGGUUUGUGUUACUCUUCACAGCUGCCUUGAGUAUCACUUCAUGUGAUGCAUAUGGACACUUUGCUCUUUAUUAGAGCACUGGUGCCAUGCAAGUAUAUAAUAAAAAGCAGCUGACAACAGGCUUUAGUAUUUAAAAUUAUAACUCUUUAGAUUAAGUGCAAUUUGUUUGCAUUAAUCGACCUGCAGAAAGGAAACUGUGCCUCGGGAAGUGUGGCUGUGCCCAGGGACGCAGGCAGACUGAGCAUUGUAACUAAGAUGUGGUUUGGUGCCACUCACAGCGCUGCUUUCCAAGGAAUUAUAUUUAAUUUAGUGUUAAAUGGAUCCUUUCUGCCUCUAAUUUAGCACUGAGGAUUUGGGGGUUGUGUUCACUUUAGCUCUUUGGAGUACUUAAACGACUACUUCAGGUGGGUGGGAGGGGUGUUAAUUGCAUCCGUGUUUGUAGAAGCUGCUAUUUCCAUCUUCCCAAAGGAGUAUUUCCUUUUCCCCUCCAGGACUGAGUGCAGGCCUGUGUUUCAGUCACUGCUGCAGCCUUUUGACAUUUGCCAUUUGCUGUUGCUCUUCCUUGUUUUUUCUUGGAGCCGGGAGCUGUGUCUAUAGGGUCUGUGUUUCCAGGGCACAUCACCUGUGAGAGAAAAGCACAGGGCUUGGGAAGGUGAGCCAGUAAAAGCUGAAGGCAGUGGAGUUUGGGGGAAACUGUUAAUUUUCUGAGUGCUCUGAAGUUUAUUAAUAAGUUUGGCACCUGCUCUCCAUCAUCCCCAUGGGUUUUGGUGUGUUGUUUGAUUUUCUUUUUUCUCUUGGAAGUUCCUUGCUGUAGGACAGAUUGCAGCCAGGGUUUAAGGUGACAUCUCUGAGCAGCCAUGCCCAGCAUGAUUCUGCACUCUGACUGCUGCUGUGUUCCAGCAAUCAAUUCCCUCAAAAUCUUGAUGAACAGGUUACCUAAAAAUAUAGAAUAGAGCAAUGCAAAGCGCCCAACUAGAUAAACACCUGCUUAAGAGGGUGAAGGAUAAUAAGAGAAUUAAACUAUAAGCUACUACCAACAGGUGAUUAUGUUGAAAAUUUACAAAUACAAAAUAGAAUUUUUAAAAAAUUACUUAUUCUAGGUAGCUGCUUCUUAGUUAUAAAAGUAUUUACAAUACAUAAAGGACUUCUAUAGAAUAACAUUUGGAGGUGAUUUGAAAUACUCUAUUGAAAUGUCUCGGAAAGUGAGCUGGAAGAUUGGAGCUUUUCAAUGGAAAAAGGCUAAAUCUUGGUGCCCAACAGUUUUGCAGGGUUCCUGUGAGCAGAGAACAUAUUCUGCCAGAGCACUUCAGUACAUGAAGCUGCUCAAUGCCACUGCCUACCUGUGCCCUUGAUGAAAUGAGGGUGUUUUGAGCCCUGGUAAAAGCUGAUGGGUCUGAUUACAAUAAUAGAAAGAAACAUCCCUUGUGUAAUUAGUGUUAUUUUAUUGAUAAAACAUGAAUUGAAUUUUUUUUUAAUAUUGGGGCCUUUUGAAUUGCCACCUUAGGCACUUGAUUUAUUUGAUUUUUUUAAAAAAAUUGUUUCACUUUCCUCCAUUUCUUUUGAGUUAAUGCUGAGACAUCCUCAGUUUUUGUUGAGGGCAAGUUUCUUUAAUCUGUAGUUGUAAACCCUGUCAGAGCCUGACAGACCCCCUGCCACAGGCUCUGCAUUUGUUUCACAAGUGUCACUUCUGUGCAUUCUGUUAUUGGGCUGCCACCUCUGCCAAUUUCAGAACAGGGAAAAAAACCCUGUGGAACAAUUUUGUACCUGAUGAAAGCAAGAGCCGUUUUGGAAAGUUUAAGUUUACAUCUGCAAUUGGCAGUGUGCUACAAAAACCUGAUCCUUGGCUGGGCUUGAAGUUCUGUCCUGAAUGAUCUCACAUGCAAAAGCUUUGGGUUUUAUUAAUCUGCUUUAUUAAUUUACACAUGAUAGCUGGAAAGCAUUGUUAUCCCUGGCACUUGUUUUACUGUUUUUAUGUCUUAAAAAGCAUAUUUAUUAGAGUGAAUACAGCAGUACACAGGGGUAUCUGCCUUUCAGAGCUGGUUUUAAACUAGUCAAAGGACUCCUUUGGAUUGCUUAGAGAACAUGAGGUCUGUUCUAGCUUUUGUUUGCUUGGGGAAACACCUGCUAAGUCAAUUUUAAGCUUUUUUUUUUUAAAUCCUUGACUUCCACAACCUGAUUGGUUUGCUUCUUGCAAUUGUAACACUGAGACUGCAUUUUGCAAUACAUGGUGAGUGUUCUGUGCUAUCUGGGUUACAUGAUGUAAACAGCAAGCUGUGUUCUGGGGGGCUCCUGGAAGCUCCUUACCAGUGCUAAGGGUUGGAGAAGGUUCUGUACAAGAUUCUCCUUAUGCUGCACAAGCCUUGCUGUGAGUGGGCAAGAGGCUGGGCUUGGUACAGAACUCAUGGAAUUGCCACUGCUGGCUGCCCUCGGUGUUUGGACCCCCAAAGCCCAUUGGGGCAGGUCCUGGGUGUUCCAUGCACAUUUCCUCUGGCCUCAGGUGUUUUUUCUUUUGCUGUCACUAACAGGAUUUUGUUUUCACUCUCCCUCUGAACACACAGCCUGUGCCCAUGGUCCCUGAGAGCACAACUGUGGGUCGGAGGGUGGCCACACCAACUUGCUCCCUGUGGCUUUUGCACAUCCCUGCACAUCAGUGUGUGUGGGGACAGUGCUUGGCACACAAUGAAAUGACUUUUCAUUGAGCUUGUGAAACUGAUGCCAGCAGGUCAGAGAUCACCUGAACACCUGUAAGCAAACCUGCAGGUAGAGCAGGUGCAGCCCAGUCCCUCAUGUGUGUCACUGUGGCUGGAAGGGCUGGUGCCUUGUCCUGGGAGAAAAAGCCCCUAUUCCCAGCUACCUCAUUUCUUGCACUUUGUCAAAUAUUUUUUGUUUUGUUUUAAAUUGCAUUUUGUCCUUCAAUUAAAAAAAACCCUAAAUGCAGACAAGAAGCAGGACAGAAUGGUACCAUUGCCCAAGGACAGUUUAAUUUCAUUUUAAAUUAAUGUUUCUGUACAAAAAGACCAAGGUUGACCUGCAGCUGCUGUAAAAAGUAAAUAAAAAUUUCUAUUACUUGAAAGUAUCUAUUAUACUUGGAAAUGAGAGUAGCAAUUGAAAGGCUGUCCUGAUUUUUAAAUAGGAAAAGAUCUGUUAAAAAAAUAGAAGUCUCUGCUCUUUUAAGGACAGAUCAGAUAGUUUUCUCUCUGCCUCUACUCUGCUCUCACUGUUUUUCCUGUGAAUCUGUUAUCUCAACAGAGAGAUUGACUGAUUUUGCUGUAAUGUCUAAUUAGAUAUUUUUCUGUGGAGUUCCCCAUUUAAUCACCUGCAGAGGAAAAACUGUUCAAAUCAAUACCCACCUUCCAUACCUGAACUUAUGUCAUUGCCCAUUUCUUUGUGAUCUUCAAGUAUGUGGGGUUUUGUUUAGAUUGAAGAAGUUUUUUAAAAAGUUUUUUCUUCUGCUUCUAAAGGUGCUAUUUUGACAUAGUUUUGAAUUCCUUACACUGUGCUUGCCUCCUGAAAGUUCCAAUAUAAGCUGGUAAUCAGCUUGUGUUUGUUCUGUGGAGUUUUUCUUUGAGUAUUCAGUCUCUAUUUUGAAAAGCAUCCCUUUUCAUAAAGACAGCUUCCAAACUGUCAAAGGCCUUAAUAAUACAAAAUGCAAUGGGAAAAUGCUACCUUUUUCCUUUCUGUGCAAAGGCAGAACCAAGAAAUGCUUCACAGAGAACAUCCUCCUCUAAAAUUUUGAGGAGCAGCUCAUACUAACUUUGAAUUCAAUGUAGCAAACAUUUUAGUGGCCAUGCACAAAUAGUAGGGGUGAAACAAGGAGCUAUUCAUAACUCUGCAGACAGUACCAAUUAGCUGCUAAUUCCAGAGCCUUUCAUUAGCAUCAUGGUGGCUAUUCCAUAAAUAUUAACCUUCCCAGGCUUGGUCCCAGGACCUGGCUGUGUGUCUGGGACACGCUGCCCCAUGUGGCUGGCAGAUCACUGGGAUGUUGUGAGUGUGGGGUUUGUCUCAGACCCCUCCUGCUCAGCCCCUCAAGCUUUGGGUGCCACAGGUGCCCAGGAGGAAGAAGGAGGGGAGUUCCCAAUGCUGCCUUUGCAGUGACAUUGGCUUGGGCACUCCAAGGAGAGGCUCUUGUAGACACAAGCCAUGGAGGAGAGGGCUGAAUUUUAGUCCUGUGUAGGAACUUCGCUGUUGUCCUUUUUGUGCUGUCUUUAUUUUUGUUUGAUCUGUCUCAUCAGUUUGGUUUAGGCAUUUGGUAACACUGCUACAGGAAGGCUUUUCCUUCUGUGAAGCACACAAUCCUACUCCUGCCCUGUCUGCAGCAGCAGGAAGGAUCAAGGGUUGAUAUUUGAAUUUGUCCCAUCUCCAGACAGCAGGUUAUUUAUUGCCUUCUCAUAGGCUCUGCAGUCCCAGUGCUGUAGCAUUUCUCAGUCAUGUUAAUCUAAGAGCCUUUUGAAAAGAGUCCAGAGGCUGCCUUGUCCUUCUCCUUCACAUGUUGGGUGCUGCCCUCUGGACCAUCUGAACUCAUCCAGGCUGUCACUGCAGAGGAGCCACCAGUUGGUGGCCUCACAGAAGUAUCUGUGUUACCUGCAGAAUGUCUGAAAAUCAGCUGAUAAAUGAAGGGACAUGGACAAACUCUACUGAGCUUGCAAAUUCCUGAUCCUCUCAUUCUAGGGAAGGCUGAGGAGCAGCAUCAUUCCAUGACUUGCAGUUGCUCUCUGCUGCACAGGUAAGGAUGAGUCUGCACUGUCCCUUACAUAAGGGUAAGAUAUAAAGAUUUAUGGGCUGUUGUAGCAGAUCUACUAUUUUGUAUUUGCUCUAUUUAAAUCUGAAACUUCUGGAGCUGUGGAACUGUGGGUUCUGGAACUAUGUCUGCUGUGUGGAACCACAGGUACUGGCCUAAACAGCUGGGGAGCUUCUGGCCACCUGUUUUUCCACUGCACUUUUUUUUUUUUUUUUUUUUGAAAAACCAGAGAUGUGAAACUGCAUCCCAGUUUGUAUGCCCACUGCUCCAUAAUCCAGAGUGAGAGCCUGAUAAGCUGGAAUUGUUUUACCUUCAAAAGGAAAAACUAAAAUUUCUUCACAUUAGAUGCUCUAUCUUCAGAGUUUUCCCUCUGUAAACCGUGUUUAUUGAGUUCCAUGAAUCUUGUGGGAUUGGGUUAAAUAAUAUGAAUAUGUAUUAUAAGAGUGAUAACUAGUGUACUUAGUCUGACUUUGUAUGGUACAAAUACUCUAUUUUAUCUUAAGAGAAUGAAACAACUAUUGAAUAAUCCAAUUAUAUCUGUAUUCCAUGAACCAAGUAAUAGGAGGGUGUUGGAAUGUGAUGUCACAUUGCUGCCACUCUCCUAAAGGUUCAGUGUACUGUCAAAUCUAGGAUCUUGAUAUUUACCAUGAUAUUGUCAGAAUAUAUUGCCACUUUUUCUACAAAAGGCACAUUGGUCUGGUGAGGUAAAAGCUCUCACCUCUUGUUUACCACCUGUGGCAUGCAACUGGACAGCAAGGGUUAUCCCCAUCAUCCAGCUGUGGUGCUCUGACUCCUGUAGUACAGAUGUGGUUACUGUUACAGGCUUUUUAUGUGUCUACUUGUUCUGUGGGUCCUUCUGUGCUUUGUGUGGGAAUGGAGUUUUAGCUUUUAUGUGUCCACCCCAAAAUCUUUAGAAAUGAAUUGAUUAAUCGCUUAGGGCCAGGGUUGGGAAUGCUCUGAUCAGAGUAUGUUGAGUUACUUCUGUUUAAAACAGGGAAAAAUAAGACAUAAAUGCUCUUUGACCUCAAUCAAACUAUGCAAUACAGCACAUCAGAGAGCUGAAUUCCUUGUGAUACAGAAGUGCAGCUCCUGUGUCCUUCCAAACCCAGUCCUUGGUCCAAGGUUAGGAGAGCUUGUACUCAAUGGCUGCCCAAGAAUCUCGUAUCCAGAUCAACCCCAGUGCACUGCUUUUCCUCCUGCCCCCUCGCAGGCCUAGCAGUUUAUGGGUCAGCUUCUUGGUCAGGUUCUUGGGUAUUUUGGCUGAGAAUGAUGUGAUCUCCAAGUGCAUCCCAUCCUGUUGUCCCAUGGUGUUGUCAGCUGGAAUUGUCCCAUGACCCCACCAGUGCGGCUUUGCCCGCUGGGGCCACUUCACUCCAUUUGCACCUCCCUGCCCCAGAGCAUGUCAGGUGUUUGGGGUUUGCUGUGCUCCCUGGCUUGGUGUUGUCUUGUUUUCCCAGUGUCAGUCAAUUGUGGACCUGGUGCUUACAGUAAAAAAUCCCUGUGAUGUCUCAAAUCCAGUCCAAGUACGUUUUCAUUUCUGCUGCUUCUGUGUGAGUUUGAUUUUUCUGCUUCUGUGGCAAUUCAGGGAUAAAUGCCCAUGUGGUCAGGACUGUUGGUAAGGGUUCUUUGUUCUCCCAUUGCUUCAUUUUUCCAGUGAAAUUUGUUCCUUGUGUUCCUCUUCUUCCCCCUGUUAAAAAACGGGUACAGAUUUUCCUGGUUCUGCCUCCUGUGAGGAGCUCUCCUCUCCCAGGUGAUCACGAAUUUUUCAUUUACUUAACCCUGGACCCUCCCUGGGCCUCAUACAGUUUCUGCCUAACUCCCUUCACUGUUUUGUCUCUCUUUCAUUCAGAUUGACCUAGAUUUCUUUCUCUGAUUCCAAAAAGGGAUUUUGGUGCAUUACCUGGGAGACAAGCAGGAAAGCUCUCUCUGCAGGUGUCUGUGUACAUCCAUUCCCUCCCCAGCACACGCAGUGUAAGGGGCUCAGCCUGUUCCAUUCCUUCCCCCAGGUUUUUCCUAGUGCUAAGCAGACCACAGGCUUGAACCUGUUUCUUAUUUCUUUUGGUAACUGAAAAUAUUAGGAGAUUUUUUUCUGUGGGAAUAGCCACUGCAGAUGAGCAGCUGGCAUGAGAGAGGGUUGUUAUGCUUCCAUAUUCAGUAUUUUUAAUUGAGGAACAAAUAAUUUAUUUUGGGGGAAAAAAUGUAAAUUUUUUUGUAUUUGUAUGUCAAAGUGGCCUUUAUAGGAAAAGCACAUAAAAUAUUUAGAUUAAAAUUGCUUAGUUGUGUAAUUUCAGUGGGGAUUUUUGUAUUGACAGGGUUUCUAUGCAUUUUUCAAAAUAUACUUGCUGUUUUGUGUUAGAAUUAUUGGAAAUCUUUUUAAAAACAUGUAUUACCACGUUUUCCAUGGUUGUUCCCUUUACUAUCAUUCCUUUUGAAUACUAAAAAAGAUUUUAAUUAACCCUGUAAAUUAAUUUUCCCCCACAAAUAUUUGCAUUAAGUCAAUAUAAUGAGUUAUAGCAUGGGUAUGUAGCUUUAAGGGAAUAAGCCUAGUAGUGCAGCUUAAUUCUGGAGAGAUGAGUUUGCAGAAGGGCAGUACAGCAGCAUUUCUAUUGCACUUAAAGCACUAAAUUAGGAAAUUAAAUUUUUGCUGUACCUCACUAGGGUUUUAUUAAACCAUGUCCAUCCUGUAUUGUUUACACUUGAGCAUUAUUUAACAAUGUAUUAUUUGUGCAGUUUGCAGUUCUCUGUUCUGUAGGGAUUAUGUGAACAUUAACAGGUAGGAAAAGUUCUGGAGUGUGUGGUGUCCUCAUGGGCUUGACAUGAGUUUGGGGAGGGAGGAGAGAGGAAAGUUAGAUCCAUUAGUGUAUUUUUCCAUUUAAUUAUCUACACAUUUUCACUUUAGCUGAGACUGAAUAUAUGAACUUACAGUUGAACUGUGAGUAAAAUCAGUGGUUUGGGGGUGGGGGAAAUGAAGGGGUUGCAGAACUUCAGGCAAAAACCCUUUAGUUGCACUGUGGUACAACUGCCCUGACUGCCUGUGCAAAGCAUAGCCUGAGGGGAUACAUCAGACCCUGCUCUCAUUACUCUGGUUUUACUUUCUCUUCUUGAGGUGUUGCUGCAAGGUUUGCUAAGCAGGACCUUCCCAGGAAUGUCUAUCAACUGAGACUUGAGUUGUAUCAUUUUAUGUUUGUAGUUCUAAUUUUUGUUCUUGUUUCUGUUUCGUAGGAGAUCCCACAUCUUCACAGGUUAGUGUAAGUGUAGGCUUUCAGGUGUAGCACCAAAUGAGUGUUUCAUGCAACCAUGCAUUCUGUAAUUGAAGAAAAAUGUGCAAUUCUAAUGGCACUUUGACCCAUUGCUGAAACACUGGGUUUUACAAUUGAACAAACUCAACAAUUGAAAACACUCUGUGUCUUCAUUAGAUGUCUUGAAGGUGAAGUAAAAGGCAGUUACUCCAGUUGUACCCAUACAUAAUUUUGUAUUGAUUUUUUAAAAAUAGUUUUAUGAUCUGUUUUUAGAAAAACACUCAUUUCUUGGUUUACUUUAGUUGCCAUAAAUUGCCCAGUGCAGAGUCUGGUCCACUUCCAUUCAUUUAUUUUCAUAGAGUAGUUGCACAAAAACUGGUAACAGCUAAGCAGGAAAGCUCUUUGGUUUCUCACCAGUAGCUUCCUUUGCAGAAUAGCUUUGUGGCUCUCACAUGGUAUGAAAAGGGACACAGGAAUUUUCCUGGAUUCAGUAGCACUCGCUUUGUUUACGUGUUCAGUAGAACGUUGGGUAACUAAAGGGAGGCUCCCUUUUUAAAGUAUUUGACUUGUGCUUUGAGGACUUAGUUGCCACUGUGCAAAUUGUGCUGUAAUAUUGUACCAAGGAUCAGUGAAAGUGUUUUAUCUUUUUUAAUGUCGUUUGUAUUUGACCGGGUUUUAUAAAUGUAAGAAAACAGAGUGUUGUAUUUUGAUCUGAAAUUUGCGUAUGGUAAAAGUAACUUUGCUUUAUGUAUCGGAGGUUUGUUCAGAACUUGAAUCAUUUUAUAGAAGGGUACAGACCAAAAUUAAUUGUCUUAAAGGUGUUUAAUAAAUUAACCAAAUAAAACAUUGAUUGUUUGAAAACUU